UUGUCCCACCGGCGUUUUAUUUAGCAGCAGAAGGUCGUCCGCAGCUUUGUGGUAUUUACUUGACAAUACUAAAAAGCUAAAGUAGCCUAAAUAAUUGUACUUUGUAGCGGGUUUAUGGCUCGAGGCGUGAAGGGAUGUGAGCUUUGCUGAAAAAUAGAGGAACGCGGCUGUACGUGGCGAUUAGUGGGGCUCGUUAUGAAACCUUGCUAACUACGCUAGCUAACGUUAGCAGGUGACUAACGUAGGUUAACCAACGUUAGCUACGCUGACAGCACCAAAAGCGACAGGAGACACUGUUGAAGUGACGGCAGCCAACUAGCAAGUGAAUGCUAGUUAUUUUGACAAGUCAGGAUUAGCUAACGCUCCGUGUGGAUUAAUAACAACACCCACACCGAAGCAGGGUGGUUUGGACUGGACCCUUGAAUCCCACUGCCCGGGCCAGACCCCGGGCUCAGCUUCUCAGACCCAGGAUCUCUCUUCCUCGAACCGUGUGGCUGGUUUGAUGGCAGCCACGGCCGGUGCCCGGCGGUUACCCAUGGGUGUACGGACGUUCAGUGACUUUCUCCAGAUCGCCACUGUGGGCUCCCCUCGCGCUUGUCGUACACCGGCAUCAAGGGGAUGCCUGAGACAAAACAUCAGACACUUGUCAUCAUGUGGCAUUUUGAUGACAAGAACUCCCAGAGUGCUUUGCCUUCAAGACUGGGACACAAUGACAGCUGUUCCCCAAAGCAGAAACUUCAUCAGUCUCACCAACAAAAGGAAGGAGUACUCGGAGCGUAGGAUACUCGGGUUUUCUAUGCAGGAAAUGUAUGAUGUGGUGGCCAAUGUUGAUGAAUACAAGAACUUUGUGCCCUGGUGUAAGAAGUCCCAGACCAUCAUGAGAAGAGCAGGCCACUCCAAAGCCCAACUGGAAGUUGGAUUCCCUCCAGUGGUGGAGAGAUACACAUCUAUGAUCACUAGUGUCCGCCCUCAUCUAGUUAAAGCAGUGUGUACAGAUGGCAAGCUGUUCAACCACCUGGAGACGAUAUGGCGCUUUAGUCCUGGCAUUCCUGGUUACCCUCGAACCUGCACAGUAGACUUUUCUAUAUCCUUUGAGUUCCGCUCUUUGCUGCACUCCCAGUUAGCCACCAUGUUCUUCGAUGAGGUUGUAAAGCAGAAUGUCGCCGCGUUUGAGCGGCGAGCCUGUAAGCAAUACGGCCCAGAGACUCGUAUCCCACGAGAGCUGAUGUUUCACGAGGUGCAUCAGACGUGAUCUCAGCACCGGUUUGUCCUCAUCUGGCCUUAAACCACGCCCACCUUUAUUCCCUGUAUCCACACGAACCUGCAUGACGUCGUUAGCCGCCCAUCACGUCAAGUCUCCACCGCUACAGGCAUGGCUCCUGAAGAUGUCGGACAUCCAACUCUCGUAAGCAUUAUGUUGGAAGUCCUGCCUCAACAGAUUCGUGCUUAUGUCCUCCUCCUUGCGUUACGUCUGUCUACCUCCACUUAAGGGAUCCUUGUUUAGCAGAAGGAACACCCCAUUGCUCUUGCUCCAUGGCAGUUACAAGCUGUAUUUAUGUAACCAAAAGUAAAAUCAUUUGCAACAUCAUGUCACCAAUGGUAGAGAGUCGACUAUUAUUUUAAAUGAGCAGCACAGUGACACUGAACAAAACAUCCUUUUAUUUUUCUAUGAAAGGCACAGACUUUUGCUCUUAAGUGGGAUCAAGUCUUAUUGUUCACUGUGACCAGAACGUCACUUGCUUCACUGACACAUUACCAUGUCAAAAGUGAGCCCAGUUUUCUGUUCCCUUCAGCGCUUGGAUCAGCUAAUUAUACUGUAUUAGGAAAGCUUAUUCUUUGCCUUUACUUUUAUCAUUAGCAUUUAUUUCAAAUUGAAGUUUUAAUAUAUUGUUUGACACAUAGUAGUGAACCUGGUGUAAAAGGAUCAUUCAUUUCAUCCUUUUAAAUUCAUCAUCAGUGGUUAUAUGCGCAUUUUUACUGUUUUAUUAGGGUUCAAAUUAAAUGUGCCAUGUCUGGGACGUUGAAAGUGUUGUCAUGUAUGUUCUGAAAAUAUCAUUGAUGUCUGCAAAGGGAAAAUGGUAUUUUUUUCUUGAGUUAGCGCUGCCCUCAAUUGGCUUUGAGGUUUUUUGGAAAUUUAGCUUUAAUUUGGCUGUUGUGCUGUGAGAAUUGUGUUUUUUGGACAUUGAGACUUGGUCUGCCAGUUUUAAUAAUGCCUUAUUUUACAGCCCAGCACUAGUCACUAUCACAAGUAUAACAGGAGUGGAGGGGGGUCUAACUUUGCAGAAACAGGAGCACCUGAAUGAAUCCAUGGAUGGACUGGAGAGUACUAUGAAAUACUGUAAAUGGGAUUACAACAAAAAAUCCACAGAUCAUAUGCAUACCUGGCAACAUCGGCAUUUGAAAAUGCAGGAAAUUUUCUGGCACCCUGCCACUCUUACCACUGUCCACAUACCUCUUACAUUUAGACAAGGACACACAGUGAAUCCUGAAAUCACAAGGCAACCACAUGCUCUAAAAUGUCCGAGCAACAAGGAUUGGGUCAACUAGUCCCUACAUUAAGUGAUGACAGAUACCUGAUGACACGUACACAUCACUUACACAUUAUGCUUCAAUUGGGAUUUUGAAAGAGGUUACUGGCAAGUCAGACAGUUGAUAGAAGAGGGUGAUAAUGAGAAUGGAUGGGAGAGAGUGUAUGAAUGUAGUCAUUGGUGGAGCAUGUUUCUGCGCCUCUGCUUGGCAGAUUUGUUGCGUUGUCCUCUGUGUAAUACAUUAAAAUCCAUUUGACAUAUUUAACAAAAAACAUGACUGACUGACGUUGCGCCUCAUUAAGUACGGGUACGCCUCCUUCCAUUCGAUGAGAUACUUGCACAAACUUUUAGUAUUAGUUUAAAUAUGGAAAAUGUAUUGAUCGUAAUUUGCCACAGUAACAGUAAUCGAAUUUGUUUUCUGCACUGACAACAAGCUGUUCGAAGAGGUCACCUAAAGGUUUCCCUCCUGUGCCCUUUGUGUUCCGUGGUCCAUCUUUUGAAGGUCAUCAGUACAUGACAAGAAGUACAAAAUAUACUGCUGGGCUAUAGAAUAAAUCAUCAAUCAUUUAUCAUUGUCGAAGAGUUUCAUGCUUAUUUUUUGGAUGUUUUUAUUUCUAUACAUUAUGAUGCAUGAAUGUAGCAUAUAGUCUACAACAUUUUCCAGUGUUUGUGUUACAUUGUUUGGGCAUGACUACAUUUAUUUGGGAUUUAUAUUUCAUAUUAAGCAGCCCAUGGCAAAGGGCUCAUAAAGUCAACUGAUUGUACUUGAUAUACUGAUAUGUUCAGGUUGCCACAGGUCAACAGAAGAAGUGUGCAACCUUCUCAUUAUAGGCAGUUCAUUAUGUCCACAUGGUCCAAGUCUCAUACUCCAAUAAAACUGCAGAUUUUUAAAGCUGGAUUUUGGCUUCAAAGUUGAUUUGCUUUAUGUUCUUUGUUGGUAAGGUGAUCAGAAAUGAAGGGAUAGUUAAUCAUCAAUGCAUGAAGAAUGUUUGCGUCUGAGUCAAAAAAAGAAAAAUGUAUUAAAAGAUUGUUAGAUGCCUUUUCUGAGUGUUAUAUUCUUAAGCAAUUAAAUAGAUAAAGUCUAUUUUGCACCAUAUUGAAACUACUCUGGCAUGUAAGAACGCAUCUAUAACCCCAAGAUUUUAUUUUCAGUAUGUUGCACACAGAUUUAAUUUAAUGCCAAGUUUUAUUAUUGUGGGUGCUAAUACUGGUAGGUCAAAAAUUAUUUUAAUAUUUAAAGGGUAUUAGAUGAUCACCUUAGCCCUCUAUCCCCACAGUUUACUAGUCUAAUCUGUAACGAUGCAGACACACUGCUCUCACUGACUCAAGAGUUGCUACAGAAGAAUAUAUUGCCAUAAGUUUGCAGUCCAAUCACUUUUUUUCCAUUUAAGCUAAAAUGUAUCUUUGUAAAUACUGUGGUUGUAUUUCAGAGCUUUGUUAUUUAAAUAAAACAGCAGGUGG